GCCUGCCCUCCCCCCUCCCAGCCCCAGCCCCAGCCCCAGCCCCGCCAGCGCCGCUACCUCCGCCAGCAUUGCCACCAUCAGCACCACCUCCACCACCACCACCACCACCACCACCACCACCACCGCCGGCGGCGGCAGCAGCCAUUUCAUCUCCACAGAAACCAGACACAAAAACAUGGCAGAAAUGGAGAAAGAAGGGAGACCUCCGGAAAAUAAAAGGAGCAGGAAACCGGCUCACCCGGUGAAAAGGGAGAUCAAUGAGGAAAUGAAGAACUUUGCAGAAAACACUAUGAAUGAACUCCUUGGCUGGUACGGCUAUGAUAAGGUCGAAUUGAAAGAUGGUGAAGAUAUUGAAUUCAGGAGUUACCCUACAGACGGAGAGAGCCGCCAGCACAUUUCUGUUCUCAAAGAAAAUUCUUUGCCAAAACCCAAAUUACCCGAGGACAGUGUUAUUUCACCAUACAAUAUAAGCACAGGCUAUUCUGGGCUUGCCACAGGAAACGGACUCAGUGACUCACCUGCAGGGUCCAAGGAUCAUGGCAAUGUGCCCAUUAUUGUACCUUUAAUUCCUCCACCUUUCAUAAAGCCACCAGCAGAAGAUGAUGUGUCAAAUGUACAAAUAAUGUGUGCCUGGUGCCAGAAAGUGGGAAUCAAGCGCUAUUCCCUGAGUAUGGGAAGUGAGGUGAAAAGCUUCUGCAGCGAGAAGUGCUUUGCGGCCUGCCGACGAGCCUACUUCAAGAGAAAUAAGGCUAGAGAUGAAGAUGGACAUGCUGAAAAUUUUCCCCAGCAGCACUAUGCUAAGGAAACUCCAAGGCUUGCCUUCAAGAAUAACAGCGAACUACUUGUAUGUGACUGGUGUAAGCACAUAAGACACACAAAAGAAUACCUGGAUUUUGGGGACGGGGAACGAAGGCUUCAGUUCUGCAGUGCAAAAUGUCUCAAUCAAUACAAAAUGGACAUUUUCUACAAAGAGACACAGGCCAAUCUUCCAGCUGGGUUGUGCGGCACACUACACCCUCCCAUGGAAAAUAAAGCAGAAGGCACCGGGGUGCAGCUGCUCACUCCAGACUCUUGGAAUAUCCCUCUAACAGAUGCUCGGAGGAAGGCCCCCUCCCCGGUGGCUGCAGCUGGCCAAAGCCAGGGCCCUGGCCCAUCGUCGUCCACCACCGUCUCUCCAUCUGACACUGCCAACUGCUCUGUCACUAAAAUCCCCACGCCAGUGCCCAAGUCCAUGCCCAUCAGCGAGACGCCAAACAUCCCUCCUGUCUCCGUCCAGCCACCUGCUAGCAUUGGGCCUCCCCUCGGUGUCCCGCCUCGCAGCCCUCCCAUGGUGAUGACCAACCGCGGCCCGGUGCCGCUGCCCAUCUUCAUGGAACAACAGAUCAUGCAGCAGAUACGCCCGCCCUUUAUUCGCGGGCCGCCGCACCACGCCUCCAACCCCAACAGCCCCCUGUCCAACCCCAUGCUCCCUGGCAUCGGGCCCCCACCCGGCGGCCCCAGGAACCUGGGCCCCACUUCCAGUCCCAUGCACCGGCCCAUGCUGUCGCCCCACAUCCAUCCCCCCAGCACCCCGACCAUGCCUGGGAACCCCCCGGGCCUGCUGCCCCCACCGCCCCCGGGCGCGCCCUUGCCCAGUCUCCCCUUCCCGCCGGUGAGCAUGAUGCCAAAUGGCCCGAUGCCCGUGCCCCAGAUGAUGAAUUUCGGGCUGCCAUCGCUCGCCCCGCUGGUGCCGCCUCCCACCUUGCUCGUGCCAUACCCCGUGAUCGUGCCCCUGCCUGUGCCCAUCCCCAUCCCUAUUCCCAUCCCUCACGUCAAUGAUUCCAAGCCCCCCAACGGAUUCUCCAGCAACGGGGAGAACUUCAUUCCGAGCGCCCCUGGCGACUCUUCAGCGUCUGGAGGCAAGCCAGGCGGACACUCCCUGUCCCCCAGGGACUCCAAGCAGGGCUCGUCCAAGUCUGCGGACUCGCCGCCCGGCUGCUCCGGCCAAGCCCUGAGCCUAGCGCCCGCGCCCGCGGAGCACGGCCGGAGCGAGGUGGUGGACCUGACGCGGCGCGCAGGCACCCCCCCGGGCGCGGGCGGCCAGCUCGGCUUCCCCGGCGUGCUGCAGGGCCCGCAGGACGGCGUCAUCGACCUGACCGUGGGCCACCGGGCCCGGCUGCACAACGUGAUCCACCGCGCGCUGCACGCGCACGUCAAGGCGGAGCGCGAGCCGGGCGCCGCGGAGCGCAGGACCUGCGGCGGCUGCAGGGACGGCCACUGCAGCCCGCCAGCCGCCGGCGACCCGGGUCCGGGCGCCCCCGCGGGCCCCGAGGCCGCCGCGGCCUGCAACGUCAUCGUGAAUGGCACGCGCGGCGCCGCCGCCGCGGCAGAGGGCGCCAAGGGCGCGGAGCCGCCUCCGGAGCAGCCCCCGCCGCCGCCGCCGCCCGCGCCCCCCAAGAAGCUGCUGUCGCCCGAGGAGCCGGCCGUGAGCGAGCUGGAGUCCGUCAAGGAGAACAACUGUGCUUCCAACUGUCACCUGGACGGGGAGGCGGCCAAAAAGCUGAUGGGGGAGGAAGCCCUGGCGGGGGGCGACAAGUCAGACCCGAACCUUAAUAACCCCGCGGACGAGGACCACGCGUACGCUCUGCGGAUGCUGCCCAAGACGGGCUGCGUGAUCCAGCCUGUGCCAAAACCCGCGGAGAAGACUGCCAUGGCGCCGUGCAUCAUCUCCUCGCCCAUGCUCAGCGCCGGGCCGGAGGACCUGGAGCCUCCGCUCAAAAGGAGGUGCCUCCGAAUUAGAAAUCAGAAUAAGUAAAAGGAAUGCUCACUCACAGGGUCCCCUGCGUGGAGAGAGGGCGCAGAGCAAACCAUGUCACGCCAUCCAAUGACACCAGCUGGUCAGCUCACCACCCCCUCUGGCUAAAACUCAA